CCUACUCCUACUGCAUAGCAUUCUACCUCCUCUGACAUAAGCCAUUCUCUUAACUCUUACAGAUGUUGCCAGCGCAGAUCCUGGCUACCGUACAGAUUUAACACACUGAAAACAUGCUGUGAUCUUCACUAACGACUACGAGAGAAAGCGACUUGUAACUGGUCCCAAGACAACUUAAUCAGGAUUACGUCUUCUAUGAAAUAAGGAGAUAUGAACAAUUCAAACGCACUUUAGGUACGUACAAGAAUGUAACCUCUUAUUUGCAAGUUUAUUUAUUUUGUUAAAUUUCUUCUGCUGAUGUGCUUUGAGCGUCAUUAUUAAACUACAAACACAAACAACCUGUGCAACGGAGCUUUUCAAUGUUUGCUUACAAACUGCGAUUGUUUUCUGGGUCAUUUUGGAAUUCGAAACAAAAUUAGGACAGCUUUGAAUGGAGUCGACUGAUUUUGUAACAGAGCUUUAUUUGCUGUUGAUAAGACGUAUACAUGCUAAUCUGUUUAGAGAUGGCAGAUGGUUUGAGAAAGUAAUGAGUUAGACGCAGUAUAGGCAAUAAGCAUAAGGAUGCAUUUAUGUCUAACUUGAAAAUUUCUAAGAGUAAAAAAGUAAUUGUUCAGUAUUCAUGAAAUAUGAAAAGAUAUUAACAAUAAAAUGUUACAUAUAGUGUUAAACCAUUAUGAAAUAUAUACAUGUUUGUAAACACUAUGCACAUAUAAUUUACAUAUAUAUAUAUAUAUAUAUAUAUUUUUUUUAAAUGUGCAUACUGUUGAAUAAAACAUAUGAUGUUCUUACGAUAUAACGAUGCAGUAUACUUAUGCUGAGCUGUCUCUUUCGGUUUGUUCUUCAUAAAGGCUGUUUUUUUUUUCUCAACUAUGUUAAUGUGACAAAUUAUAACUACAUUAGGAAUUUGUUGAUCUGAAUAUGUUCUCUCUGUACUUCCAGCCGUGCAGCUCCAAAUUUGGUAGGCAUUUUUGAAAUAUAUCAAUUAAACAUAUCCCUCUUUCUGAGGAUGGUUGAACAUCUUUUUUUUAAUAUGAUAAACUAUCUUGGGCAACAUUUGGUUUUCCAUACUUUAUUCUGUACUGUGUUCAUUUGAAAUUACUGUAUUAACAAUAUCUCUCUAUCUAUCGAUCUAUCUAUCUGUCUGUCUGUCUAUCUAUCUAUCUAUCUGUUUGUCUGUCUGUUUAUCUAUCUGAUCUUAACAGUUACAUCUAGAGAUGGAUGAUAAAAAAUACAUAAAUUUUUUUUUAACUUUUUAAUCUCCCUGGAAAAAAAAUGGAACAAAACUAAAAAUCACUGAAACAGGUAAUGUCUGAUUUGAUUGUUUAGUUUGUAUAGUUUCAUUUUUAAGGUACAGGUGCAAGGUAUAAAUAUAUAGAAAUAUAUCACAGUAAUUCUAGCUCUGAACAUGCAAUGCAUAUAUCAGAAAUAUAGGAAAUGGCUAUUUCACCUCUGUUGUGGUGUUGAGUGUUGUGGUGUUGGGUGGUGUGGCCUCACAUUAUAUAGUGGUUCUAAAUAUAUGUGUUAUUAACAAUUAUAUUGAAUAGUACCAAAGUAUUUAAAGAGAUAUUCUUGGCACCAUAACAACUUCAUCAGAAUCAAGUUGUAAUGGUGCGAGGAGGUCCAUCAGCUCUGCCCCCUCAUUUCUGUUCUAGUCUGAGGCUUCAGUCUGGAAGACCCUGACUGGGCGCCACUGAUAAGCUGAAAAGGUAAGAAGCUCUCCAAUCUCGAAAUAGAGUGACAAAGGUACAUACCUUUUUUACUCUGUUGUGUGAACGGGGAGCAACUGAUUGACAAAAAGCGUCAGUUGACACGCUUAGCCUAUCAGCAGUGCUCAGUUUGAGGCUUCCUGAUUGAAGCUUUGGACUGGACCGGAAGUGAAGGAGCAUAGCUGAUGAAUGCGGGAUUGAAGACUUUGGGUUUAAACUGUUUGUUAAUGGUUUAACCCCUUGAAGUAAGCCAGUGCCCCAGACCUACUUGCACUGUUACAACUUCAUUCUGUUAAAGUUGUUAUGGUGCCCAGAGUAUUGCUUUUAUGUUUUCAAGAUUGUCCUGAAGUCUUGAGCGCCUUUAUUACCCAACUAAAUGGUACUCAUUUAAUUAACCUUGGAAUAAUGUGAGUUGCCUCUUUUAGGAAUUAAACUGGGAUUUUGGGUUUCUGCAGAUUAAGUCUAUCCCCAUUAGCUAUCUCACUUGCAGAACAUGUUCAGAUAUAUUCACCAUGGCCCACCCGUGUGAUGCAGACUUUACCACUCACUCUUAUGUGUUUAUUGAGGUACACAUUAAUUUUUUAACUAAGCAAACAUGUUCAUAAAACAAUAAAUUGCAACAAUAUUGGUGUACACUUGUGACAUUUGAACACUAAUUGUUUUAUCACUUAGUGCCACUGAAUGCUAAAUGAACAUGGUAGUUCCAUAUAUAAUCCCUGCCAUGUCAGUAGUCAUUCUAGUCUUUUUAUCUGUGUCCACAAAUUAUAGAUAUAUAACAUCCGUUAUGUUGUGUUUGUCACGGUUAUAUUUUGCCAUCAUGUUUGAAUUGGUACAUGGAAAAUCCAUAAUUCAGAUUUGUUAUAAGAAUUUAAGUCAUUCUGACCCUCAUAAUAAUUAGAAGAAGAACUGUAUAGUAUGUAUCCUAUUAUAAUUGUAGCAUUUGUGUUUGAUUUCACUGAAUCUCUUAAAAAGUAUUAUGAGAAGACAACAUUGGUCCAAAUUUUCCACAUAAAGGAACUCUCCAUCUUUAAAUUUUUUACACAAGAAAACCUUUAUUUAUAAAGCCAGAGGGUGUAAAAUGCCAUUUAGAUUUUUUGUUGCCCCCAAGAUGCCUUAAAAAUGGUUAGCCUCUAAUCGAGUGGCAAGACAGUCCCUUGUUGCAGAUCUACUCCGCAGGACACUGUUGCGUUGGUUUGAAGUGUUUCUUUAAAUGGCUUUUUCUUGCAUGAGUGACACCUAAAUCUAUUGGCUCAAUUGUAUUUAGGAUGCCACAGGGUAUUCCAUUAGCUGUCGCAAUUUUCAAUUAGGUGCUGUCUAAGAAUGCGGGGAGUUGUUGAAAAAAAUAAUGACUUGGAGGACCACAGCUUUGUAAUCACUAAAUAUCAUUACUAAAUGUGAAAAUCUUGAUAUCUCUGCAAAUAUUUUCACAGUGUAUUAUAUUUCUUCUUCAUAUUCCGUUGCUUUCAUAGUAAUUGGUUUUAAUUAACUGCAUGAAAUACAAUGUAGUGAUUUGAAAAUCUACUGUGAGAGAUUUUCCAAUCGAAGGUUUCAGAAGGCAGCUGCUGUCCACAAGAGGCUGGCUGAGAGCCAUCCAGAUGUGCCCUGUUUCGCAACAUGUAAAUCCUGCCUUCUAAGUGCACUUUCAUCGACAGUAAUGGAAGCAAUUUGUACCUACAGUCACAUAUGUUCUAUAAAGAGAACAAAUUAAAAGUGGCAUCAGACUCUCCCAUUAAUGGACUUCACUGGUUUCAGAUCCAAUACCAACUAAAUUACUUGAGGCAUCAUCAUAUGCACUGUCUUCAGGCCAUUAUAGAAAAGAGAAAUAAAACAUGAUGAAACAUAGAAGAUGAAUAGAAAAGGCACACAACUGUUAACAGAAAACAUUACGCACUACCAUGUUUAUAAAAUAAUACAUUUUUACAUUUCCAAAAACAGAUUUCUAUCUAUCUAACUGUAAUGCGUAUGGUUCGUUGAAUUUGGCAAAUAAAAAAUAGAAAAUGGUCUUUUAAAUUUUUUUUUAUUUAUGUAUUUAUAUAACGUGAACAUUGGAUGGUAAUGGUGAUAAAUGUACGGGUAUCUUUGCUAAAUUUGUAUUAAUUUCUUGUAGACAACCAACUGGAAAAAUGUAUGCCAACAUAGCUGAGUUAAAAAUACAAUUUCUCCAAUUUAAACCAUUUUAAGUAAAAUUUAAGCUAAAUUAUCAUAAUUUGCUGUUUAGUGAAGCUCAUUUUUUUUUUUGGGCCAACAUAAUUUCCAGUAGUCUAUUCAUAUUUUUUAUUUGCUUUAUUUUUUUUAGCUAGGGAUGAUUCACUUAUUUUGUUUUCUGUCAAUCUUGAAAGCUAAUUGGACAAGCUGUCGGAAGAACAACAUUGAGAAUGCAGGUUCAGGACAUAGAUUUUAAAUUCUUAUGACCAGGGAUUGCGGUUGGAUCUUUUUCUAGAUUCCUGGAAUAUAUCAUAAAGAUCUGGAUUUCAACUUAUUAGGGCACUGAUUAGGACGUGGAUAUUGUUAUGAGGAACAAGAGGGCAACAUUGUAACUUAGACUCUUUUAACAGAACACAAGGAAACAUGUAUUCACACCUAAACACCAAAAUGAUCCCCAUGCUUGUUUUUAAAAAAAAAAAAAAAAUAUAUUAAAUCCAAAUUUCUUUACCCUAAUGGAGAUAGUUACAGAAAAGAGUUAGUAACCAGUAACAUUCUCUUUUUUUUUAAACAAGCAUAUAUUUCUAUACACUUAUUUUUUAUUUUACUCAAUGUUGAAGCUAUUUUGAAUCAGCAUCCAAGUUCGGUCAGGUGUGAAAUUAAGUAAAUUUGAAUAGUUUUGCUUAUAAAGAUCCAAGUGAUACUGUAUGUUGGAUUACUGCCAACCCACCGAGCCAUACUAAUUGUCCCCAGGCAGAAAAAAAAACUGUUUUUAUUUAGCAAUGUGGUUUAACAAUUAUUUCCAAUGGAAGGCACAUUUUUUUAAAUAAACCCACAAUAAAUUAUUUUCUAGCUGUAGAGGGAAUUUCAAAUGUAAGAAGCCAAAAUGAAAGCAUAGCUGACUUUGCAAAUUUUUUCCACUUUCGCUACUUUGACCUUAAAUUUAAAAUUCACUUUGAAAGAAUUCCUGACACUUAUCACUUUAGUAAACAGCAUUUACAUUAUCUAUUUUAUUAAGUUUAAUUACUAUAAAAACGUACUUAAAAUUUUUUUCUUAAGUGGUAUGGAUAAAAUAGCUCAUUUGGUGCAAGCACUAGUUGUUCAGAGUUAACUCAACGUAUCAUUCUUCUGAGGAUCACAUGAUGAGUACCAGUGAUUUGGGUAGAAAUACAUUCUAAACUCACAUAUACAUGAAAAAAAACAAACAAAAAAAACCAUCAAUGGAUUAUUCCUUGUGUUUUUAUUAUUGUAAGAAGAUUUAGUUAUGUUGUGGGUCCCCUGAGAUUACAGAUUUGUUCUUUAAUAAUGUUUAGUUAACUGUAGAUCAUGGGAUAGAGUGGUACUUUGUGUCUUUGGCGUAAUAUCUCCUUUCAGUGUCUGGCACUUACACCGCCACUAUACAAUCUUUUAGACCAGGAAUAGGCAAAGUUUGCCACUACAGAUGUUGUGGAGUACAUCUCCCCCGGCACUUUGUAAGUAUUAUGACUGUAAGAGCAUUAUGGGAGAGGUAGACUACAACAUCUGAAGUGCUGAAGGUUGCCUAUUCCUGGUCUGAAAGAUUGUGGAGUGCUGAAGGUUGAAUGCUCAUGUUAUAAUGCUACACAUUAUUGUGAUGCCAGCCAAAACACUGUACCCCAAAAGCAUCACAGACAUACAUGUGUCUUAUUAAUAUUACCAAUCUCUCUUUCUUUGAAACAUAGAAACAUAGAAACAUAGAAACAUAGAAUGUGACGGCAGAUAAGAACCAUUCGGCCCAUCUAGUCUGCCCAAUUUUCUAAAUACUUUCAUUAGUCCCUAGUCUUAUCUUAUAGUUAGGAUAGCCUUAUGCCUAUCCCACGCAUGCUUAAACUCCUUUACUGUGUUAACCUCUACCACUUCAGCUGGAAGGCUAUUCCAUGCAUCCACUACCCUCUCAGUAAAGUAAUACUUCCUGAUAUUAUUUUUAAACCUUUGUCCCUCUAAUUUAAGACUAUGUCCUCUUGUUGUGGUAGUUUUUCUUCUUUUAAAUAUAGUCUCCUCCUUUACUGUGUUGAUUCCCUUUAUAUAUUUAAAUGUUUCUAUCAUAUCCCCCCUGUCUCGUCUUUCCUCCAAGCUAUACAUGUUAAGAUCCUUUAACCUUUCCUGGUAAGUUUUAUCCCGCAAUCCAUGAACCAGUUUAGUAGCCCUUCUCUGAACCCUCUCUAAGGUAUCAAUAUCCUUCUGAAGAUACGGUCUCCAGUACUGUGUACAAUACUCCAAGUGAGGUCUCACCAGUGUUCUGUACAAUGGCAUCAGCACUUCCCUCUUUCUACUGCUAAUACCUCUCCCUAUACAACCAAGCAUUCUGCUAGCAUUUCCUGCUGCUCUAUUACAUUGUCUGCCUACUUUUAAGUCAUCAGAAAUAAUCACCCCUAAAUCCCUUUCCUCAUAUGUUGAGGUUAGAACUCUAUCAAAUAUUCUGUACUCUGCCCUUGGGUUUUUACGUCCAAGAUGCAUUAUCUUGCACUUAUCCACAUUAAAUGUCAGUUGCCACAAUUCUGACCAUUUUUCUAGUUUACCUAAAUCAUUUGUCAUUUGGCUUAUCCCUCCUGGAACAUCAACCCUGUUACAUAUCUGAAACUAUUUAUCUUUUUAUAUCAGAUCUACUAAUGUGUUAGUUGCCUAUUUUAUGUUACCAGUCAGGGAAAUCGUUGGCAUUUUGGUGAUAUUUUGACCAGUAGGGUGCUAGUCCUCUCCUCGGUUGCAGAUGACUUUGGUAAUCAUUGCAUAUAUUGUCAGUAAGUUGUUGUAAGGCUUGUAUAUUUUACAUGAUUAACAAUCACAGAUUUCAGUUGGGAUAAGAUAUUCUUCUAACUUAUUCUUAUGGUGUGCCCCCAAACAAUGGGGCUAAAACCACACAAUAUGUUGUUUUCAGCCAUGCAGGAGACUCUACUCUAACCUAUUCUAUACCUCAGACACCAGAACCUUUAAGAAAUAUAUGCAGUGAAAUACAGAUUGAAUAAAGGAAUUAAGGUCCAACAGACCACAGUAGGAACUGGAGGGGUUUAGUUAAGUAGUUGGUAUAGAAGUAUGCAAGCUAGUAUGUUGUAAACUAUAAGAAUACCAGCAUAUUGGCCAAUCAAACCUGUUACAGUGAUUUAACCCCUUAAGGACCAAACUUCUGGAAUAAAAGGGAAUCAUGACAUGUCACACAUGUCAUGUGUCCUUAAGGGGUUAAAGCUUGGCAUCUUUGUUAGAACCCAUGUAUGUAAUGUGUAAUAAACUUCAUAAAUAUUCGCUUUAAUCACUGCAGAUAAAAUCCAGAAAGUAAGUGACCAAACACUUGUUGAUAUUGCAAUUAUUUUGUCUUUUGUUUAGUUCUAAUGAGAUUGAUGUCAAAGCUCUAAAUUAUGUGAUUGUGUUUUUCAGAUAUCCCUGCAACGUACUUCCAUUUCCAGAAAUGUAUACUUAUCAUCGGGAAAUCAUAACACUUCUAUCAAUUCUCUUCAGGUAAGAUAGCCACAGCAUUUAUCUUCAAACUUUAUCUCUUUGUUUAACCCCUUAACCCCCUAAGGACCAAACUUCUGGAAUAAAAGGGAAUCAUGACAUGUCACAGGACCAGUUUGGUCCUUAAGGGGUUAAGGUAGUCUUUGUUCAUAUCAGCCCAAAGAGAAAUAAAAUAAGGAAUCUGGCUGGUGACAGAACUGUAUCCCUAUUCAGCUAAAAUAAAGGUUCCGCGUUGGUUCAACUGUUAGAGAAGACAAGACCACUUGCCUACACUAUUCGUCCAGUUGAUCAACAACAGGCUCACGUCCACAUGAAAACUUUUGGCACUGCAUAUGAAUACACCUGAAAUAUUUCUAUUGAAGGGAGGGUACCUCUUUCUGAAUUGAAUUUAUUUUUUUCCCCCACACCGUGAUAUCCCUUUUUACUUGCAGAGCUCAGGGAAAGCUCUUUGUCUACUCAAUAUUGGACAGUUAUUCUUGAUCACCGACAGCAUGCAGCACUGCAAGCCCCAUUUAUGAUAUUACGGAGGCCCUAAUGCAAUACUAAUUUAUAGCAGGAAUUGGGGCAAAGUUUGGCCGGGAACACUCUGAUGAUGCUCCCAGCAAGUCACUGCCUGCUUCCCUGGUACGGCCUGAAGAGGGACAUUGCUCCAUGUCUUCCAUUUCAUUAAUGGGGGUGACCUGCAGGGUGCUGGGAAGCAUGCAUCUUUGCUAAAUGGUUAGUAAACCAUUUAGUGGUGAUGCAGGACCUGUGCCCACAGACUUCAGGCACCAUGACCUCGUCAACCUAUGAAGUGGUUAUUGUACCUACAGUGUCCCUUUAACGUGCCUGCAGGAUAAUAUAAUGCCAUCAUUCAUUCACAUCACACAAAUAAACAGUAGAUGAGACACUUUGUGUAUUAUUGAUAUUUUUUAUAUUUUCUAUUUAUUUUCAACAGCAUGAUGCAUUUUUCCUUUGUAAAAGCUGAUGGUGAAAUUCUUCCUCCAACUAUUCAAAAGUUAAUGAAAGGAUACAACAAGUACCUGCGCCCAUUUUUUGAUAGUAAGUGCUACUUGUCAUAAGCUUACCUGUACUGCAAUGUGCUGCUUUUGAAAGGUUUGACUUUUUACCUGAGGUCCGGGUGCUACCUUCACUAAAAAUGCUGAAGAGCUGGAAGUUCCUGAGUAGGAACUCACAUUGUGAGCUUUACAGGGUUAAGCCCACUGCAGUGUAUCACAUAAUCACUAGCCGUAGUCCUUAUGGUGCUUAAACUAUUCCUUUAAAAGUUGUUUUAUAAUUAUUUAUUUAUUUUGCAAAACAACUUCACAGAUAUCAAGAGUACAAUUUCAGGGCUGUAAAAGCUAUUUUUAUGUUUACAUAGCUCUUGAAAUCAGUAUGAUGUGGUUUUUCUUGUGUCUUUUUUUCUGUGUUUAUGUAAUGAUUACUUUACCUUAUUUUCUUCUCUUCCGGUUGCCAAAAUUGAUUUUACCCCUUUGCUCAGUCAAUUGUGAGAAAAUAACAUUGAACAUUUAAGAGACUGUGACAAGAAUAAGACAAAUACCAGCAGGGUUGACUCAUCCAUCCGAGGUAGAUAAAAUGAGUACCAUUAAAUUGGGUAAUAAUAACAACCCCUGGAUGUUAGGCUAAAUAACAACCCCUGGAUGUUGGGCUAAGGUAGAUAAAAUGAGUACCAUUAAAUUGGGUAAUAGUAACAACCCCUGGAUGUUGGACUAAGGUAACAUUCCCAGAAUGUACUUAAAAAACAUAGUAAUUUGAAUGUACCUUUCCUGGUUAAAUACUUUGUUAUUAUUAUUUUAACUAAGUUGUCAUGAUGUCUGGAGGAUCUGUUCUUUUACUAGGCCAAAAAAACAAAAACAAAUUUGCUUCAAAUAUAACAAUACAGUGUGAAUAAAUGCAAAGAAAAAAAAAAUCAUCUUUCAACCCCUCCCCCCAAAGAACUGCAAUCCUGGAAUUAUUUCAUCCUUCUUAUAUUACAGUAUUCUUAUCAGAAAAUGUGAACUUAAUUACUGUCAUAUCGAUACAUUGUAUCCCUUCUAGUCCGUAUGGACACAGUAUGGUGGGAGACAUGAACCGGUGGAUCUAGACACAUUGGGUGGGGAUACAUUUAAACUUCUUGUAUUGGUCAGAUCUUUACACCACCUUCUCUGUCAGAACAUAAUAUACAGCCCUAGUGACCCCGCAACAAAAAUGCCUUGUAUGGUUUGCUUAGCUAUGUGGCAGAAAAUAUCUAGAUUUUUUUUCACUUUUACUGUUUGUAUGUUUUGUUUAGUUUUUUGUUUGUGUGUUUGUUUGUUUGUUUGUUUUAGCUGGAAGCUGUUUUCAUUUUGUAUACAGAUAAAAAUAAUUAAAGGGUUUCUUCAAUCAUUGUAAUAUUUUCUGGACACACUGGAGCAUUUGUUCCUCCUGAUGCCGAGACUGGGAGAAGAAUACAAUUGUAUCCCAGGGUUAAAAAUGAGAUACAAAUAAUUGUAAAUAUACUGAUUUUCUUCUGAAAUAUUCUUUGCUACUUGUGAUACUUUCAACAGUAUUUUAAGAGUGAACCCGUUUUCUCUACAAAGCUUCCCCAUUGUGCAUAUCAAUAAAGCUACAUGGUUGAAUGCACAAGACUAAACAAUUUUAACCUUAAACAGAUUUGAAGAUUUGGAAUAAUCAGCAAGAGAUAUUAUAAAGCAUUCCAAGAUAAUGUCCCCUGAAGAUAUCCACCGAGGUUUUGCUAAACUACGGGAGACAGUUUGAUAUUUAUUUCAUAUAUUUGCUUUUCUACAUUUCCCUCUGGUCAUUUGUUCUAAUCUCAACUGUCAAAGCAAUAUAUAAAGAUUUAUACAUAUAUAGUUAUGAAUUAUUAAUAUGCAUCCAAAUAAAAAAAACAGCAUGAGAACUAAAUAUUUUUAAGAGCUGAAUCUUCAAUAGUUUGUCAAGAUGUUCUGUCAAAAAUUUUUGUUCUAUUAUAAUUAUAGGCCCUUUUUAACAUAGUAAUGAAUUGCUACUUUAUUGCUCUAUAAUGUAUUGUCUUUCCACGUGAUUUUAGAGUAAUGAUUUAAUUAUUAUUACAUUUAUCUAAUGUUAUGGCCAUUUUAAAUAAUUACUAUAUAUUCAAUCUUAGAACGGAAUGCAGAGAUUCUUUUAAUUAUUCAUAUACAAGCUACACCAUAAUGGCCCUCUACAUAAUUAUUUUAUAGAAAGUUCCCUUUCAACAAAAUAUUACCUGUAAAAUGGUCUGCUAAUUGAUUCCACUGGGUUCUCUUAUUUAAUACUAUCAAAUUAUUUAAUCACUCAAGUACAUUAGCUUUGUCUGGUUCUCACUUAUGUCCUGGGGUUAAGAUGUUAUUAUUACCAACUGAAUAGUUCUUAUUUUAUGAACCUUGGGAGGAUGAUAUAGUCUGUUGGUAAAAGCAGGAAUCAAACUGCUCGAGAAACUUGUACCCUGGACACUGUAGGUCAACUAGUGACCACUGAACUAUUACUAGUAGUUAAAAGACAACUGUUGCCUUAAAAUCUAGUGUUGAUUUUAAAGACAACUGUCACCUUUCAUCACGUUUUGAAAGUAAAUUGAUUUUUUCAAAAAGUAUAGGUAAAAUUUUUUUUUGAAAAAAAACCUAAUUCUUACCUUUAGUAUAUGACAGGAUCCUUCAGCAACAUACAUACAUCUUGUGUCAGACAAUGUUUGAAAACCAACAGUUAGUCUCUAUGGUCUUUCCUGCUUCUGUGUAGGUGAUGAAGCAGGGGAGACUAUAGAGACUGUUAGUUUUCAAGUACUGUCUGAUCCAAGGUGCAUGUAUACGGCUGAGCGUCCUAUCAUAUACUAAAGGUAGGGAUGAGGUUUUUUGUUGUGUGUUUUUUCUUUUUUAUAUACUUUAUUAAAAAAAAUAUUUCUUUUCAAACGUUGAUAAAAGGAUUAUUAUAUUAAAAAAUAGUUUGAGGUGACAGUUGCCCUUGAAUAGUCACUUGCUUGAAACUUUUCUUCGUGUGGAACUCACACAGCUUUCCAUCUGAACAGAUUGUUAAAAGAUAGAUGACGAGGCUUUCAUUGAAUGUUUCAGAGAAGAAGUGUGUGUGUGUGUGUGUGAGAGAGAGAGAGAGAGAGAGAGAGAGAGAAAGAGAUAAUUUAUUCUUGAAAACUUCAGUAAAAGGACCUCAUACGCUCACAGAGUCCCACAAUGUGAGAACCACAUGACUGAGUGAGGUGGACCCUGAUCUGGUUCAUGUUGUAGGAUCUUUAAUAAUUGAUAAGUUCCCUAAGAUGGAAUGUCAGAAAGAAAUGCUGUUUCAGGUACCAUGGAUCGUAAUUAUUUAUUUUUAGAUUUUUGAUUGUCCUAAAAAACUUGAUUCUUCUUGAAUAAUUCUCUGAUCUUGGUCUGUAAGUUGAUGUUGAAUCCAUUUUAGAAAACAUACAAUUAUAGAUCCAAUCGAUACCUAAUUGAUGAUGUCACUUUGCUUCUCAUCACUCAGUCCAUGAUGUUUUUUUCACUUACCUGUGUACUUACAGAUGGCAUCAUUUGCUGAUUGUCACAGCUAGUAAUAAAUAGCUAAAAAAAAACAUUUUUUCAUAGUACAUUGUGUUGAGAACCUUCAUAUUGUAUCAGAAGAGAAAUUCAUAAAUGAAAAAAAAAUAUAUAUGUAGUAAAAUACAUAACGUACCUGUCUUUUUUACAUAGAGGCAAUUUUGUAUUAUCUGUGUAAUACUCCCAACAGACCAUUUAUCCCAAUCGCCGUUAAAUUUUCUUAAUGUAAAGUAGAUUUCUCGAUAUAUAUUAAUGUAAUAUUCUAGCAACUUGCAAUUGCUGUGUAUUGAGUGUUCCAAAAAUGAAGUAAACUAGCCUGGCCAUUACUGAUUUGGUUUAAACCCCAGAAAACACACAGGUUUAUUCACACAAGUGAGAUUUCAAAGUAAAUUUGAAGGGAAUUUUAAUUUUAAGGUCAAAAUAGCCCACCUUGAAAAUUCUCUAAGCUAAGCUUUCAUUUUAGCUACUGAAUUAAUUUUAAAUUCACUUCAGUAAAUAAGUCUGACAUUGUUUCAGUACUCCAUUAGAGUAAACAUUUCUUUCUUCGUCAUCCAGAUAAAGACUGUAAACUUGACCAUCUGAUUGGACCCUGUAUGUUGCUUGUCUAAUGAUGGUGUAGAACAAAUCAAAUGACUUUUUUAUGAUAUCAGUGAAUAGAACACAAUUAAUUCAGAAAUAUAUGUUUUUCUUAUAAUGUCAAAUAAAGUUAUAAAUGUUACAUUACAAUAGACUUUCCAUUAUAAGAUCAAGUCACUUUGAACAAAAAUCUAAUGGUCGGACAUAAUAUGACAUUUAGGUUUUUAUUUCAUGAAAUUGUUUUUCAGUUUGGGCAUUUUAAUUCUUUUGUGUGCAUUCUAUGGUAUUUGAGUUGAUAAUGAUUUGAUUGGAAUGUGUGUUUUCUCCACGAUGCUACUGUGUUUGUGUGUAAAUCUGAUGUCCUCUUAUUAUAAAUUCUGGCGCUUGCUUACAAAUCCCUACAUAAUGCUGCUCCAACAUGCCUAUCCACCCUCAUACACAAGUAUGUCCCAUCGAGGCCCCUACACUCUGCCAAAGACCUACGCCUAUCCUCUGCCCGGAUCCCCACCUCCGAUGCUCGCCUUCAAGACUUCUCCAGGGCUGCACCUAUUCUGUGGAACUACCUUCCCUCCUCAAUCAGACUUUCACCCAGCCUCCACUCCUUCAAAAAUUCUUUGAAAACUCACUUCUUCAUUAAAGCGUAUCAGUUAAACUGUCAGCAGGUUUCUCAUCCCCCACCCCAUGACUCCUUUCCUGCAACUGUCAUAAAUGACCUACGGAGCACUCAAUAAACCCUUCUCUAACAAACUAUUUAAUUCCCCUCCUUUAACCCUUUGUGUCAGUAUACCUCACUCCCUCUAGCAUGUAAGCUCAUCUGUUCCUGUACAUCCAGUGGUCUGAUCUCAAUUAUGUGUCUGUUAGUCCACCCAUUGUGCAGCGCUACGGAAUUUGUUGGCGCUAUAUAAAUGUCAGGAUCGUGACAGGGAUCCAAUACGCAGAGUGCGGACAGGAGGAGGUACGUAUACCGGACCUUAGAAUGGCCGGACUAACGUAUAGACAAGACAAGAAUGGUCAAAAGAUAAGCCGAGGUCGAGGGAGCCGGAGGACAGGUAAGCGAGGAACAAGCCGGGUCUAAGGAGAGGAGAGAGAAGCAGGACAAAAGUACAAGCCAGGUCAGAACCGAAAAACACAAAGAGAGAAACGUGCUGAGUGACUAGCAAGCUAGAACCACGACAGGGCAAUGAGUAGUAGUACAAGCUUCCCUUAAAUACCCUGUCACCUUAAUUAAUGACCACGCCCCCAAAAGGUCCGGAAUUGCGGUUUCUGGCGGUUCACGUUGAUGAUGACGUCAUGACGUCGACUAUUGGCCGUCGCGUCAUAAAAGGGGGAGGAGCUAGCGCGGCCGGCGCGAAAACGGCCGAAAAUGCCGAAAUGCUUGGGCAUAGGAGCCCUUUUGGAAGAGAGACUGUCCAGGUGCCUGACCUCCUCAGAGGUUGAAAUUACAGGUACCAUGACAAUAAAUAAUAAAAUAAUAAUAAUAAUAAUUAUCAUACUCAAGUUUGUUUCAAGGUAUACAUGACUACACCAUUUCAUGCUCAAUUCUCUGCCAUUUAGGAGUUCAAUCACUUUCAUUUAUACAGCCCUAACCACACCUCCCCUGCCUGUGACUCACACAACAGACAUGCUGUUACAAUGACAGCACAUUGUGUUUACAUUGGAAGUUACUAUCCUAUUUGAACAGUAAUCACACACAAGAUGCUGUUGUAGGCUCUAGAGGGCUAUUGAAAGGACAGGGGAUAAUAAAUUCUAAAUUAAAAACAUUACAAUAAAGUUUGAGUUCUGAUAUAAACGGAGAUGUGGUACAUUAGAAAAGCAAUAUAUUAUGUUUACAAGGAGUGUUACCUGAUUUGUGGUUUUCGUUAUCCUCUCUACCAUUUAGACAAAACACAGAUUUCUGCUACAUGGUCCAUUCAUCUAUCCACUCUCAUCACUCUCAGUUGAUUUAUACUGGAAACAGCUCAGCUUGGUCUGCCAUUUGUUUCUUUGUUUGUAUGCUAUAGCUUACUCUUGUUUUGGAAAGGUUAUUUGAUAACAUUAUCUUUCAGUAGUUUAUAUAGACAGUAGUAGUUUACAUAGGGUCCAAUCUUUAUUUCACUAUGCAGAAAAUGAAUGUUUACACAUUAUAAUGAUAUAGGUAGUGAACGCAAAAUAAAUAAUACAAUUAAAAAGCCUCUACAAAGAGAUUUUUUUUGCCACAUAAAUCACAUGCAGGUAUAUAUUUUGCAUAUAUCAGUAAUUUUUAUUUCGUGUAUCUACUUAAAAAUGCAUACUGUACAAUCAAAAUAAGGUAUUAUUUAUCAAAUGCCUAUAACAACUCUUCCAUUCCUGCAAAGAUAACGUCAAAUUAAAAAAAACAAAAACGAAAACAAACAAUAGUGCAGUCUCUUACAUUAAAUUAUUACUUUGGAGCAGCAGAACAUUAUAUAAUUUUGAAGGUAAAGUAGGACAAUGCAGAAGAAGAAUAUUGAUUGUUUUAAGUGCCUAACCCAAACAUUUACUUUGAAUGCCUAUGUAUAUAUCCCCUGAGACUUUCUUUUACAUUCCACAAUAAAACACAAUGCAGUUUUUUCUGCUCCAGUGUCACACUAAUGCCCUCUAUCCUUUCUUAUAUAAAAUGGGUAUACAUUUGUUAUUAGAUUUUGCUGAAUUUUACAUCUCCUAACUUGAUCUUCUGAAUAUCAUUGUUACUUUAACAACCCAAUCAACUAAUUAAUACAUCUGGACAGAAUUUGAAUGCUUGGCAGUGAUAGGGAUACAACCCAUAAACCAAUAAUCCAUCUUCUCCUUAAUUUUGAAGUUGUCAACUUGAGACAAAAAAUAAAAAAAGAAGUUAAAAACUGGUAACUUAGUCAAAUUAAGAUUCCCCAGGGACCUAGACAGAAUGCCAGCUCAGGAUCACUCUUAAAGCUCUGGGCUCUGUUCUGUGAGUGUUGUGUGUGUGGUGGCUGGGUGUUAUAUGUGUAUGGGGGAGAUUGAGUGUUGUACAUGGGAGAGUGUGUGUAGUGGCUGGGUGUUCUGUAUAUAAAAGAGGCUGUACAUAGAGGGGGCUGAAUAUGCCUGUGCUUGCGUGUAUGUGGUGGCCUAAUUUUGUUUCUGGAUUUGUCUGUGUAUGUCUACAUGUAGGAGAGUCUAAAUGUAACUACGUGGUCCAGUGGAGGACAUUAUGGGCUGGAUCCCUGGUGUUACAGUGAAGGGUUCACCCUUCACUGGACCAUAAGAGGUCUUUCCCAUAAUGCCUUCCACUGGGUAGAAGAGAAGAAUGAGCUGGAAGCAGGAUCCCUGAUAGUCCAGUAUGGGAUCAUUGUGGUAAGCACCAAAAUUUGGUCCAGAUCACUUUAAAAGCUCCCUUGCUGUUCGGUGCUUAGUCAGUGACUAAAAGCCCCGACUGAUAAUAUGUGUAGUUCCUAUUUUUUUUUUCCCUCUGUGCUACAAAUUCUUUAAAAAAUCACAAAGCAUUUUCCAAAUUUUGUCUGCAAGGUAAUAUUUGUAGUUUGGUAUUUUUUUCCAAUGUGCUGCAUAAUCUUAAAAAGUCACAAAAUAUCCAAAAGUGGUCUGUGAUGAUCCAUUUUCACAACCAGAGCAGGAGUGGGAAUUUCUACAUUUAAUUUUAUUUUUCAUAAUUCACAAAUACAUAUUUGCUAAAUAUAUGCGCUAAACAAAAUGUAAAACCUUGGGAAGUGAUAUUUCCCCUUUAGCUGUUAAUACAAUAACUAAUUCUCUUCUUGACUCUGUUAAUCCAGUUUUAGGAGAAGAAUACUGGAUUGUCCUAAAUAAAUAAUCUCAGAAAAAAAAACCUGAAUUUUACAAACGCUUUUCUCCCCAUCUAUAUCCCUCAGUCAUUAAGAUCAUUCAUUAUUUCCUUUCUAAUUAAUAUUAGAUUACCUGUACUUGUUAUGCGUUUGUUUUUAUAAAUGCUUACCCCUAAAUAAUUUACACAUUCAACAUUGAAAUGAGACUGUAGUUAAACAAGCUCUGAACUGCAGAUAUUUACGCACAACACUUGAGAUUUUUUUUGUUAUUAAAGAAAAAACCUAAGUUUCACCAAUUGAUGGAAAUAUUCCAUCAUGAUUCCCUUUUUUUUCUGAGCUUGUGUCCUUAAGGGGUUAAAACUAAAAAAUGUGUGUUUAAUAAACAUAUGCAUUUAUCCAUUCUUCAAAAUAGUUUUCCUAAGUCCCUGAAGUUCUACUUCUUGUGAAAGUCCCACAUUUAUCUACACAGUUUUCAGAAUGCUGACUUCUUUGGGGACGCAGCGAGCAUUUUUUGAAGCUAUAAAAACAUACAUGACAAUAUUUAUUAGUAAAAUGUUUCUACGAUUUAGGGAUUGAUAAGUACGGAAUAAGUACUCUAAUAGGUACUGCACAUUUUGAAGUCUCAUAAGUGAAAAUGAUGUUAGAAUGUUAGAAGUCACAUCAUUGUUAUCUAUAAAUAAUAAUUGUAGUUUUUGCUGAUCCAGUCGAUUGAACUAUUUCCAUGAAACAUCACAUUUGCCUCUAAUUGCAUUGUGUAGAACUUCCGUUGUACAUAUUAGAAGAAAAUGGUAAAACAUCUCACCAUAUAAUGAAAGGGUCUGCCGAAGCACCAAAAUGACUCCAAUUUAAUUAAAUAUUUAAAAUGCAAAUAUUAUUCCCCUUUAGUCUCACUGUUCAAUUAUCUGCCAUGUAGGAUUUAAAUCAAUUUAUUUAUUACUGGCAUUUAUAAAGCGCCAGCAGCACUGGUUAAUGCAGCCCUAGCCAUUCCCCCCUCCACCACCGCUGCCCUUACCCAUGGCUGUGACUCACGCAUCCUCCCUACACACUAAAAAAAAAGGUUUUUUUUGGAACAUGUCAUAACAGAGCAUGCUUACUGUUGAAGUUCCUUUGGAGAUAUGUAUCAUUGUAAUCAGUUACUAUGUUGCGUGCUAAUUUGGACAUAACACUUUGAGACACAUAGUAAAUAAUUUUAAAGGUUUGUCCAAAAAUAUUAACUAAUUUGAAAAGGUUUAAUAAAACCUAUUUAAAAGCAUAUUUUUGGACCAGCACAAUGUGAGUAUUUAAUUGUAUUCAUAUAAUUAAUAACAUAUUUAGUACUUAUCAAUUCUUAAAAUUAGAAACAUUUUACUAAUAAAUAUUUUCAUGUAUAAGGAGAGGUAGUAGCAGUAAAAACAAGCCAUUGUACAGAACACUGGUGAGACCUCACUUGGAGUAUUGUACACAGUACUGGAGACCGUAUCUUCAGAAGGAUAUUGAUACCUUAGAGAGGGUUCAGAGAAGGGCUACUAAACUGGUUCAUGGAUUGCAGGAUAAAACUUACCAGGAAAGGUUAAAGGAUCUUCACAUGUAUAGCUUGGAGGAAAGACAAGACAGGGGGGAUAUGAUAGAAACAUUUAAAUACAUAAAGGGAAUCAACACAGUAAAGGAGGAGACUAUAUUUAAAAGAAGAAAAACUACCACAACAAGAGGACAUAGUCUUAAAUUAGAGGGACAAAGGUUUAAAAAUAAUAUCAGGAAGUAUUACUUUACUGAGAGGUAGUGAUGUCGUGAACCGUUUGCGAACUUCCCGUGAACGGCUCGCUGCGGUUCGCCACGAACCGUUCGCGGCGAGCUCCUGUCAGCUGACACAUCCCGGCCAAUCUCCAGCAGACCCUGCCUCCCAGACCCUCCCACCUCCUGGACAGCAUCCAUGUUGAAGGCAGCUUCAACAUGGAUGCUGUCCAGGAGGCGGGGAGGGUCUGGGAGGGAGGGUCUGCUGGAGAUUGGCCGGGAUGUGUCAGCUGACCGGAGCUCGCCGCGAAUGGUUCGUGGCGAGCCGUUCGCGGGAAGUUCGAGAACGGUUCGCGACAUCACUACUGAGAGGGUAGUGGAUGCAUGGAAUAGCCUUCCAGCUGAAGUGGUAGAGGUUAACACAGUGAGGAAGUUUAAGCAUGCGUUGGAUAGACAUAAGGCUAUCCUAACUAUAAGAUAAGGCCAGGGACUAAUGAAAGUAUUUAGAAAAUUGGGCAGACUAGAUGGGCCAAAUGGUUCUUAACUGCUGCCACAUUCUAUGUCUCUAUGUAUGUUUUUAUAGCUUCCAAAAAGGGGAAAUAUAGGACAGUCUUGCCUCCGUUAUGAAACUCUAAAAUACACAGCCCGAGAUUGACACACUGGCCGAUGGAUUUGUGUUUAUUGACCUCACUCUUCUGAAUAAAUAAGGUUUAUUGAUUUUUUCCAAUACUUUUUCUGUGUAUCCCCAGUGGAGUCGGUCUGUGACAGCAGAAGGUAUUCAUUUUUGAAUAAAAUCAACUUGAUCAUAAGGAAUUAGAGGGGCAUUCAAUUCACACAGUAAUAACUACAGAAAAUAAUAUUGUCAAUAAAACAGACAGGUAACACAUUUGAUUUAGAUACUGGAUAAAAUGAUCAUGUGUUCUACCAGGAUAUAUAAGCAAAAAAAUAAAAAGUUUUGAAAUAUAAACAUUAUAGAAAUAGUAAAACAUGCAUAUCAUAUAAUUAGGUUUAAGAUAUAUUUUAAAGUUCUAUUCUAACCAAGUAAAAAACAUAUUACUCGCAUAAUAUAUGAUUGCCUCUCAAUUUAUUCUGGUGUAGUAAUCAACAAUUUGAUUUUGGAUGAGUUUGAUGUUCAUUGCGAAGAGGUAUUUGACAGUGUGAUUUAUUUAAAGUCUUAAAAUUCUGCAGAUUUGUUCCAAAGUACUGUGUCAUCUUCCCCAUUCUCCUCUACCUAUUCAGGACAGUAACAAGCUCUGCUGCAUAAAACGAAGUGUCAUAUAUUAGUAAAACAUAUUUAACAUGCCACUAGAACAAUUUUAGCUUUAAUCAUCCAUAUAAUUUAUUUAUUAUAGCUCUUAUAAAAUGUUGACAAAUGAAAAAAAAAUCUUUAAAUUAAAAAUGGUAAAUUAUGUUUAAUGCUCUGAAUUCCACGGACAAAAGUGGUUCAAGGUUCUCAAGACUAAAUUAAACUGCAAAGACAUUUACUGAUACAUUAUGUAAGUCUUAUAGUUUAUGAAAGGAACACUGAAGUACCAUAACCACUACAAUGCACUGUAGUGGGUAUGGUGCCAGAAAGGCCCUGGUGCUCUCGAUGGGUAAGUAGUCAAACUGUUCUCACCUGGUUUGAUUACUUGCCCAGGCACUAGGGUACUAUUGGCAUCAUAAACAAUACAGUAGUGUUCUUUUAAUAUAUUAAACAUUUUACAUUCAUCUGUGGAGCCUUUACAGAUAAACAUGAGGAUUGUGUGCAUUAUGCCCCAUAAUAUACUCAGUCCCCAAUUCUCUACGCAGCACAUAGCUCUUUUAUUUAUCCCUGACGGUGAUAUCAAGUGUAUGAGGGACUAGUGAGACCUGUUGAAGCAGUUUAAUUAUUCCUAUUUACCAGGUAAGAUAUCCUAUGGGGUACUUUCAAUUAUUUUGAGAGUGUAGCCACUAAAGAAGCAAAGACAAUCUAUUUGUCCAUCGUUAUAGACCACCAUAAAGAUAAGUCAUAAUGGAAGCUCCAGGCCCUUCGGGAACCUAGUACUGAGUUACAAAAUAUGAUUUUACCCCCGACCUGCUGCAUAUUAUGGGGGUGUAGAAUGGACAUAAUAAUAGUAGUCUAGGGAACUCAUCGCCUAAUUUGUUUAUUUCGUAUACGGUAAUGCUUCAUCAAACCCAGUUAGUUGGCCCCAUAGUUGUACUCUUUUGGGGGAACUAAAAUACACUUUGGAUUGAUGUGGAUGCGAUUCAGUUUACAGCUCAUUUACAUCACAAAUGGUUUGGCAAAUUUCAGAGGAUAGUUAAUUGAAUAUACUCCAAAAUCUUCAAUUAAAUUGCUUCAGUUAUUUCAUGAAUUGUAGAAAAAAAAAAAGAAGAGCUUAGUGAAUAAUGUAAUUCAUAAAUAAUACGUUAUGAGGCAACUUUAAUGUUUGCUUCAAAGAUUGAUUUAGUGAGCAGCUUUUUCAUAUCUACAUAAUAAAAUCUAUAUAAAAUAUUUAUUUAUAUAUUUUUUUUGUGAAAACAAUAUUUUUGACUUUAUCUUUUUAUGUUUUUUUUUAUUUAAUGGAUUAAGCUGUAAACAAUUAUGAGCUUUUGAAAGGGUGGGCUUCAAUUCUAAGCCUUCAAUAUCCCUUGCUGAUUUCAUGACGUUGAAACCCCCAGUCGAAGGUUUUAUCCUAUUAAAUUUGUAUUUGGGGAACUAGUAACGCAAGCUCCUGUCAUUAUUGCAUUUGAUACAUUUUGGAGUUAUUAAUAUAUUAUUUUUUUGCAUGCUUAAAUCUUUAUAGUUUUUGUAUGAAUUAAACAUUUUUUUUCGCAGAAUGCUGCUCCAUAAGCUUGCCUCCUUAGCCAUGCCUCCUCAUUCCUGCAAAAUACUUCCUUAUCAAAUGUAUGUACACAGCUCAGCCAAUUAAAGUGCUGAAUGAUCUCAACUGCAAAGCAACCUCUAUUAGAAGUAGAGGACACUAAAGGAGGCAUAUAAUAAGGAUAUUUAUAGGUUGUGAAAUAAAAGCCACUCACUCAGUGCUGUUGGGACUGAGACUGUUAUAGGAAGUAUUUUUCUACAGUAAGGGGGCAUGGCUAAGAAGGCAGGCUUAUGGUGAACAUUUAUUUUUUUGUGCAAAAAUUAUAAAUAUUUGAUGAUGCAAAAAAAUACAGCAUAUUAAUGAUGACAAAAUCUAUUAGGUUGUAAAGGGGCACUAUAGGCACCCAGACCACUUCAUCACAUUGAAGUGGUCUAGGUGCAGUGUUCCUAUCCCCUUAAACCUUCAAUGUAAAACAUUGCAAUUUCAGAGAAAAUUUCUGACAGCCACUAGAGGCACUUCCUGCAUUGUAAUGGAGUUUAACUCCAUGAAACUAUAUUGGAUGCCCUAACCAACAUCUUUAAAAUCCCCAUAAAAAAGGCACUGAUUCCAUGCAUUACUAUGAGAAAGCUCUAACGCACAUGCAAUGCUCACCAAGCAUGCGCAUUAGGCUCCCUCACUGGCGUGACUUCUCUGGAGGAAGAGACUGCUCCAGUUCCGAGGGACCUUGGCACUAGAACAGGUAAGUGUAAAAAUAAUUUUUAAUCCUUAAAUUAUCAGAUUUUGGGGGGGUCAGGGGGAGGCUGAAGAAAUUGACAGGGGGGCACUAUAGCGUUAGGAAUACUGUUUUGUAUUCCUAACACUAUAGUUUUCCUUUAAUGAUGUCCUCAUGACUCUGAAAUAUGUCCCAAGCCUUGUGGAAUCACCCUAUUGCUAAGUUUGUGGUUUGUUCACCUGCUCUACACAGGUUUUAGUAUGCUCUGUGAUGAACUCUUCACUGCCCAAAGUUUAGUCAAUGUAGUCCUAGCCAAACCUCACAUUGCUGAGACCCACUCAGCCUCUUAACACACUUCCUGAAAAAACAUGUUUUUUUAAUUGCAAAUUAUGUUUAAUUUAGAAUUUUGUAACCAGCAAUAGCCUCUUGUGUGUGAUUAACUUGAAUUAACAGAGCAAGAUAUUAGAACUUCUAAAGUAUGCACAUUAUGCUAUAAGAUCUGAAUCAAAAUGAACUCAUUUUGUUUAAGUUCGCUAUGUGAGUCACAGCCAGGUGAGGCGUAGCUAAGGGUAUUUAAGAGGUUUGAACUUACGCAAUCAUAUGUUAUACCUUUGGUAAAGCAUUUUUUCAUUACAUUCAAUUAAUUAAAUAACUGUCUAACUUGAAGCAGAAGGAUAGGCUUACAGUUGGUAGUGCAGGGGGGUGUAACUGAACAUAGAAAGGGGCAAAAGGAGCAUAACUAAGAGGAAGACAAGUAAAGUUGCAUUUAUGAGAUUAGAAGGUUUGGUACAAAAAAGGUUUAGGAUAGAAAGUGUCAGAGAAGGAAAGUAACACGUGAAGAAAUGCUGAGAAUAUUAAGAAGAAAACUUGGCAUGUAGAUAUGGCAGGGCAAGGAGAGAAAGUAGUUAUAUUGUUUAAUAAAAGGGUUAUAGAUGAGAAUAGGGAUAUCUAGAGGACAGAGAUGAACUUUGGACAGAGAAGAAGAUGGGACAUCAUACACAAUUCAGAAAGGCUGACCAAGGGAGAGGAGAAAAUAUAAAUACAAAAAUUAAUACAUAAUAGGAAGACAUUUUCAGAAUACUCCUGGAAACUGUCUAGUAACAUAUACAUCUGCCCAUACUUUAAAUAUAUUUGGCCAACAUAUAUUUAUUUUAAGAAAUCUCAAAAAUAUCUAUUUAAUAUGUUAUGUUAUCCAAAGCAUUUUAUUCUUAUGUGCGUGUCUCGUCUUGUUUUAGAUGGGCCUGUGACGGUGGGAAUGAGCUUGGACAUUGCCAGUAUUGACACAAUAUCAGAGAUAAACAUGGUAAGCUGUUAUCACAAUGUUACACUGGAUGUGUCCCCUUCCUAAAUCCUGCAUCCUCACUCAGUAUGCGUGGUUAAUUCUACCAGUUAGUUUAAUUUUCACUCUUUGGUGGAGCUGGUUUAUCUUGACACUUUCAGAAGGAGGAAUGAGACGAAUGAUUGUGAGCUCAGGGUAGGUGAGUGAAUAUUUAUGACUGCCAAACAAGGGACGACUCUGAUUUGGUCAAUGUAGUGGUACCCAAUAGCUCUAAUAUCUUCAGAGCUUUUAUUAUUUAUUUAUUGGAAAAUGAAUUGAGGAAUGAACUCAAAGUAUAUACACUGCAUUAAAGGGACUCUAUAGUCCCGAAAAUACUAAUAUAUAUAUAUAUAUAUAUAUAUAUAUAUAUAUAUAUAUAUAUAUAUAUUUUCAACUGUAAGUUCCCUGCUAGUACAGUGACCUCUUUUUCUGUGGUAGUUUACAUAUCUUUUUUCCAGCCUCAAGACGCUGCCUUUCCAGUUGCCCUCUUCAUCUCCUUCUUCAUCGUUCCUCUAGUGUCUGUCAGGAAGAAAGCCACUAGAGUUAUAUUUAGACCUCCAAAAUAUACUAAACAACAAUGUUUACAUUGCAGGACUAAAAUUACAGGGCCACCGCACCCAUACCACUUCAUUCAAAUAAAGUGGCCUGGGUGGCUAUAGUGGUCCUUUAAAACUAGGAACUGAGGCAUGUAAGGGCAUUACCAAAAUGAUGUACACUACAAAGCUGGAUGAGAGGUUGAAUUAUAGAAGGGGCCGUACCCAUGGGACUGAUGAUGACAGAGUUUUUUUAAUGAGAUGGUUGUAUGUGUGUUACAGAGCAGUAUUUAAUGUUCAUGGUUGCUACACUGAAAAUUGUGCAAUCCCAGUGAUGUGAUUCACCUGGUUAAUUGUUGGAAAUAAUCAGUGGGGAUGAGAUGUAAAUUAUGAGAUAUGAAAACAUUAAAUUUCAUCUUAUAUAACAAAAACAGUUUUAACAAUAGAGAACAAGGUACAUAUUUUACAAAGUUGUAUAAACACUCUGGCACUGUGUCAAAAUAGUGUCUAAUGUAAUAAUUACUUAAAAGAAAAUUAUAGUGCCAGGAAAACAAAAUUGUUUUCCUGGCACUAUAGCUUCCCCUUCCGUCUAUACCCCCUCCCGCUCUGAAGGGGUUAAUAAACCUCCCCCACCACCAGCCGCAUAUCGUCUAAAAACCCAUCUAAGAAUCUGUCUAAGAACCCGGGAGUCCCUCUAGUGACUGUCUGGUACAGCCACUAGAGGAGGACUUAACCCUUCAAGGUAAUUAUUGUAGUUUAAAAAAAACUGCAAUAAUUACAUGCUCAGGGUUAUGGGUGAUGGGGGUUGGCACCCAGACCACUUCAAUGGGCUGGAGGGGUAUGGGUGCCUACAGUGUCUCUUUAACCUGUUACUUAUAUUUAAAACUAUCAGCAAGAGAUCCUAUAACAUUUCCUGUUAUAUUCUGUAAAAAAUACUAAAAAAAAAAAAAAAAAAGGAUUGCCUUUUAUUUCCAAAUGUACAUAUAUUCCUCACUUAUAAUCAUGCUUAACUUUUAUUGAAUAAAGAAUAAAAUGACUGUAUCAACUGACACAGCAUUAUUUAACACAUAUUUGAACACUAUAUGUAUAAACACAUCUUUCCUUUUAAAUAAAAUAGAAAAAGCACCUAAUAUUGCAUUUCUUUAGGAUUACACAGCUACCAUAUUUUUGAGGCAGCGCUGGACCGAUGAGAGACUUUGCUUUGAAGGCAACAAGAGUUUAAGUUUAGAUGGACGGCUCGUGGAGUUGCUUUGGGUUCCAGACACGUUUAUUGUAGAUUCAAAAAAGUCAUUUCUUCAUGAUAUCACUGUUGAAAAUCGUCUAAUAAGGAUUUAUCCAAAUGGAACAGUACUUUAUGCACUGAGGUAAAUAUUCUACCAUCUAGUUUAAUAAAUAUGGGUUGAAGACUGCUUGCUCACACUGGACAUAGCUCAGUCACAUUUCGCUCCAUAUCUAUGCUUGUCUCUGGUGGAUUUUUAUAUUUGCUUGUUGGUAGUACUAGUCUAGGGCAACAGUAACGACUAAAGCUGUGAGAGCUUUAUAAUCCCAAAGAUGGAAUGGGCUUUUUAAUCCUCAAAAUUGGAGAGUAUAACCAUGUCCCAAAGCUUCCUUUUUUUCUGUGAUGCUAGAAGCCAGCAGAGAAUGGAAGGAAUUCUGGAUCUUGAACCUGAAUCAUUAAAUCCUAGUUCAUAAUAUUCUGAGCAUGGCCCUCAACACCCUCUGUUCCUGUGCGUCCAACGUGUUGCAAAUACAUGUCUGUAACUCCACCUUUUGUACUGCAAUAUAGAUUUGUUGGGCCUUUAUAAAUUUCUGGCUGAAGGAACGGUCUACUGAUGCGUUGGGUAAGAAUGAACAGUGUCCACUAAAACCUCAGUGUUUGGCUUUCAUAAAAUGUUUCUUCAUAGUUUCUCAGAACUUCUAGAGGUAAACAAAAAAACUACAUGUUGUUACUGAGUCCAUAUCAUUGACUGAUAAGUCAAGCAGAUAUAUUUUUCUAGUUGAAUGCGAUUAUGUCAUGGGAUGCUAACAUGGAGCUAAUGACCAAACCCAUUCAUGUAUUACAGGAUUACUACAACGGUUGCAUGCAGCAUGGAUUUAACAAAGUAUCCGAUGGAUAAACAGACCUGCACCUUGCAGCUGGAAAGCUGUAAGUAAAUAUCUCAUUACCAUUAUCAGUAGAUGUUCCCCCUGUAAUAAUCUUUUUUUUUUCUUGCACCAUCCUUAAGAAAUGAAUAUCAUUGCAUUCUGCACGCAAUAGCUGCAUUGUGUUUUAUGUGUUCUGAAAGGCAAAUGUAAGAUCUUAUCUAAAUUAUGCAAUUCUAUUCUGGAACCAUGUUUAACCCCUUAAGGACCAAACUUCUGGAAUAAAAGGGAAUCAUGACAUGCCACACAUGUCAUGUGUCCUUAAGGGGUUAAAAGAGUAACUGAUCAAGUUUUGAAACAUAAACUUAAAAAUAACGUUAUUUGUCAAUUACAGAUUAACUUACUUUUAAAAAAAAAUGACAUUACAAAGAAACUAUUUCAAAUAUUGAGCUGGAGAGCUACAAAACAAACAUUUAGAAUCAUCAGUAGAUGUAAGUAGGAUCCCACUUUAACCCCUUAAGGACACAUGACAUGUGUGACAUGUCAUGAUUCUAUUUUAUUCCAGAAGUUUGGUCCUUAAGGGGUUAAAGGAUUAGUCUGAACACCAUAACCACUUCAGUGUUUAGAAGUGGUCAUGGUGCAAGAACCCUGUAUGUGCACAUGCUGAGAUAUUUUAUGUUGGUACCAGAACUACUGUAAUUCAACCUCGAGCAAAUUCCAUCAGCAAGUCCAGAACAAUAGUUUUAAACUGACUAAUGAUAAUUCUAUGCAUAUUCUAUGUGCAGAGAUUAAUUUAUUGACUGAGAGAGCUCAGCUGAACCUCCCAACCAGUGAAUGAAUGGCAGUAUAGACAUUCUGAAGGGCUAUGCAAGCCAUCAAGGGGUAUAUUAAUUUCAUAAUUUUAAAUUUCACUUUCUUCGUUUUGUCUACUCUUAAAAAAGGAGAGAGAAUUACAGAUACUAAAAUUCCAAGUUAUAUUUUCAAGGCUGUCAGAUACCUAUUGAUCUCCCACAAAUCUGUGGCUGCGGCCGAAACACAGCACGCUUGGAGUUGCUAGCUAGAAAGUCUGUUAUUACUGUCCAGUGGAAUUAACAUCAUGCAGCCUGUUAUUCAUUGGGAUUCAUCGCUCCCCUAAUUUAUAUAUUGUACAAUGCAUUGACCUCUUGGAAAAUCUGAUAAAUCCAAUUAUUUUCAAUGACUGUCUCUUUUUUAGUUUAGUUUUUAGUUUAGUGAUCAUAAAGGGAUACUUCAAUCAUCAUAAUAGUAAGAGUCCUUGGGCAAGACACCUAAUGGUAUACAUACCUCAAACCCUCAUAGAUUGUAAGCUUGUUUGAGCAGGGUCUUCUUUACCUCUAACAUACCCUGAAAUUCUAAAACACUGCAGAAUGUGUGUGCACUAUAUAAAUUGUAAUAAUAAUACUAAACCCCUGUCUCAAUAUAGACAAUUAAAAAGCAAAGGUGACUACUCCAAUCUUAGAGAGUUACUCCAAUCAUCAUAACCAGUACAACACGGGGUAGUGGUUAUGAUGCCAUUACCACCCUGGCCUUGUUCCCCUUUAAUGAGGCAAACUAUUUAGCAACAGUCCUCUCCUCGCAGGUCUUAGAUGCUCUCUAGUGGUCUUUGUGACAUGCUUCUGCAGAGUCAAGACUGUAGGUCAUUUAUUGAAAGCAUCAGACCAUUCACACCUCUGCCAAUGACUGGCAUUGUGUGUAAUAGCACAGAAUUGGCAUUAACCACCACACAGCCUCUUUCCUUCCUUUCCUAUUAAUCAUAUCAUUCCCCCCUUUUCUUUCUCUUUAGUCUGUUUCCAAACUUAUAUUCUGCAUUCUUUUUUUUUUUUACAUAAAGCUACCCCUACUUAACCAACCUCUUAAACUGCUCUCUAAAAUAAAAUAUCGAUAAAACACAUUUGAGAAUAUCCUCCUCUAUAUGUCUCAACAAAAAACUCCACUUUCCCCAAACAUUCUUCUGUUGUUUCGUUACCUGGGCUGGAGUGACAAAGUUUAGUUAUUGUUAAUUUUAGACAAUAUGGAAAACUAAAGACCCUCCCCAUGUCUAUUAUUGGCUGAUAACAUUAAUCUAUGAGUAAAGGGGAGGGGGAAAAGUCAUUUGCCUGAACUGCAAAUGUAUGGUUUCUCGAAGGAAAAAUGUAUCUCUACAUGCAAAAAUUGCAGGUCAGCAAUAUGUUAAGAGUGACUAAAUCUACAUUUCAAAUAACUUUUUAACACUUAACUGAAUAACUAUAAAAUACAUGUAAAAAGGCUAAAGUGCUUCUCUACUAUAAAUGCUUUAAAGAUUUUCUGCUUGGUAAAUCUUCUCCAAUAUGUAUGAGUGCAACCACUUACGAAAGAGACCUGCGGAGCUCCAUAUUUAAUUUAUGAAGACCUGUUAUGUUGAUGUGCUAAUUGGCUCACCGGGAUAAAUAACUUGCUUAGCCUAUUUAAUACCAGAAGGAAGAGCAAUACCAUACGUUUUCAAAAGGUUACACAUUUUAGGGACACUUUUACCAUAGGAACCUUGAAUAUCCAAACCUUACAGUUACCUGCAAGGCAUUUGAACUCAAUACAAAAUAUUUACAUAUGUAUUCAUGGCCACUAAUUAGAAAUUCCUUUUUAUUUGUUUUCACUUUAGGAAAAAAAAGGUUGCUUCUUAAAGUCUUCAUGGGGCAGCUAGUAGAUUUUAGUAUUUUCCUUAUUAACUUUUAAUCAUAUAAUUAGUACCGGCAAUAAAGAAGCAAUGAGAUGUUUUUUUAUGUAAGCCCCAACUUACAGAAUUUAGAGAAUUGUAGACUAUGUUCAUUGGCAUUAGGAUGUCCAUGUAACAAAAAAAUGGGAGAAGAAGAUGAUGUAAAAGGAGAGUUCUAAAUUCAAAAUAACUGUCUUUUAAACCAGUCAUUUCAAACCACCCAAUGUCUGUGCUUCAUAAAUACUGUAUACUUGUUAGAAUAUAUGGGCCUUGAUUUAAUAUUUUUGGAUAGUCUUUACAAAUGAUUUAAUAUUAAUUAUAAUAUUCUGGAAAAUAUUUAAUAUUGAGAUUUUUUGUAUAUAUAAUUUUUAUAUAUGUUUUAUAUAUUGAGAUUUUCUGAUGUAUUUUAGAUUAUAUUCAGUGGAUAUCAUAUUAACGAGUAAGUGGUUUCUUUUGUUACUAUUUAUUAUCCUUGUAGUAUCGUCAUCACCAUAGAAACCCCAAAAAUCAAAGGGGGCACAGUCUUUUCCUUAAAUAAUAAAAUCUGGAAAAUAUUUGUGAUCGUACUUCUUCUAACCACACAGUUUUAUACAGGCAAAAAUAGCCACAAUUACAGACAAGGUUCUAACUGGUAUACGUUCAAGCGGAGCAUAAUGAUAUACAGUAUAUACAUAUAUAUAUAUAUAUAUAUAUAUAUAUAAUGAAGCCUAAUGGACUCUGUAUAGGGGUCUCUCUAACACUCUGACCCACAUUCACAAUAUAAUAAUAUAACAUCGCUCUCUAAAACCCAGCCCAAGUUGGCAGAUGAAUUACUGUUGCUGACUGGCUGAUAUGGCUGGCAAGCUGACUGCUGUGACUGGUAUACUGCUGUGGCUGGCUAGCAGGCUGAAUGCUGUGACCAGCUGGCAGGUUGCUGUGGCCGGCUAGCAGUCUGCUGUGGCCAGCUGGUUGCUGUGGCUGGCUGACAGACUGGCUGCUGUGGUCAGCUGACAUGCUGGUUGGCUGCUGUAGCUGGUUGGCAGGCUGGCUUGAAGGUUUGCUGCUGUGUCUGGCUGGUCAGAUGUCUGUGGCUGGCAUGUGUGGCUGGCUGGCAGGCCUCUUUCUUCCCCCAGUGUGUCUCUUUGUGGACCUCUUUGUGUCUCUUCGUCCCCACAGCCUCUCUGUGUGUGUCUUUCUGUCCAACCUUAUCCCCGCUGUGUCCCUUUGUGCCACAAAGCCCAUCUGUGUGUCUCUUUUUGCCCCCCAGCCCUUCAGUGUGUCUCAUUGUCAUCCCUCAGCCCCUCUGUAUUUCUCUUUGUGCACCCCAUCUUCUCUGUGUGUCUCUUUUUGCCUCCCAGAUCCUCUGUGUCCCUUUUCCCCCCAGCUCCUCCUGUGCUCGUCUUUGCAUCCUUCCAACUGUGCCCUCCUUUUGCCCCGUUCCUUCUUUGCCCUUAUUUAGCAACCUUCCCUUUUGUGCCCUUCUUUUUCCACACUCUCUUCCUGUGUCCUUCAUUGUCUCCUACCCUGUGCCUGCUCAGCCUCACCUCCCUCUAUGUAGCAUGGGUGUGCAUGCGGUCAGGGCCGGCGCUACCUGUAAGGCGACCUAGGCAGCCGCUUAGGGCGCAACUUAGCAGGGGGCACCGGAUCCCUGCACCUGGAAUCACCGGUGCGGCUCCAACAUGAGCGCUCCCUCCUGCUGGUCUCUCAAUGUAGCGUGGGCAGGCGGGUACCGGAAACUGAGGUUCCUGUCCCGCGUUCCGCGCCGCUCGGCCAUGCUACAUUGGCAGGAGGGAAGAGGAAGAGGAGGGUAAGGACCACUGGGGGAAGAGCGAGGGGGGAGUAAGGACCACUGGGGGGGGAGAAGGAGGGACUAGGACCACUGGGGGACACUAAGGACCACUGGGGGAGGAGGGGAAGGGGACACUAAGGAUCACUGGGGAGGAGGGGGACACUAAGGACCACAGGGGGAGGAAGAGGGGGAGUAAGGACCACUGGGGGAAGAGGGGGAGAGUAAGGACCACUGGGGGGGAGGAGAGGGGAAGGUUCACUAGGGGUUUGCCAGAGGGAGGACCACUAAGGGGGGGAAGGGGAAGGACCACCAAAGGGGGGAGGGAGGACCACUGAGGGAGGAAGGGAUGGAGAGAGGGAGGGAGGACCACUAAGGGGGAGAUGAGGGAGUGAGAAGACCACCAAGGGGGCACUGCAGAGGGACAGGGGGCCAAGGGAGAGCACUAAGGGACAGAAAGGGAGAACGCUAAUUGACAGGAGGGGAGAGCACUAUGAAUUUUUUUUAACAAACUAAAGAGCUGCUCCCCUCUCAGUCCCUAGCCUACCCCACAAACCCUCUCUUUUACACUACACACAUACACAAUUCAUCCCCACACAAACACACACACACACAGAAACAUACAAUGCAUCCUUACUCACACACAGACACACCCGAAACACACAAUGCAUCCCUUACGCUCACACAAACACUAAUUCUCUUACACACAGAAACAAAAUGCAUCUCUUACACACUCAAUGCACCCCUUACAGACACACACUGCAUUCAAUUACAUACACAGAAACACACCUUGCAUCCCUUACACACACACACACACAGAAACAUACAAUGCAUUACUUACACGCAAACACACACUGCAUCCACUAUACACACACUACAUCCCUUACACAAAUUGGUAUCCCUAUACACUACAUUCUAUAAGAACACACACAUUGCAUCCUCUACAAUAACACAUAAAACAUCCCCUACACACAUACACUCCACUACCUGUGAGAGAACCCAUGGGUGGGCCAUGUAGGUGGAUUUAUGGGUGGGCAUUGUAGGCAUACUCACGGUCAAGCCCUGGGGGCCCAGACCUUGAGCUGUGUAAGGGGCCCCAAAAAAUGGUGCUGCUUCCUGUUCUAUACCAGACCUGUGGAGCCAGACUGAGCCCAUCAUCAGCCUCUUGUCCUCAUCUGGUGGUAAGUACGCAAUCCAAUAUAUUAUUAGUGGCACUAAUCUCUAAUUUACCUCACAUUAAAUGGAUACGUUAGUCACCAGAAGCACUACAGGUUAAUGUAGUGGUUCUGGUGUCUAUAGCCUGUGCCUGUAGGCUUUUUAAUGUGAACAGAUAAAAGACACUUUGUGAAGACUGGUGUUGGCCCAUAUGGCAGAGCAUAUGGGCGGGGCAUUGUGAUGUCACAUGGUGGGCAGGACAUAUGGGGGGUGGCACAUUUUGUUUUUUACCUAGGGCGGAAAAAAUCCUUGCACCGGCCCUGCAUGCGGUCUGUGGUGUAGGAGCCUCUGUUUCCUCUACUUGCUCUGUCAGGAAGCAGUUUGUUGCGCUCAGUAAGCACUUACUGUCAGACUGGGUAGAGGAAACAGACUCUUCUACCGUGGUCUGCCUACUAGGCCAUGCUACAUGUAGUGACCGGCAGGAGAAGAGCACAGUGCAAUUCGUUCUCCUCCUGCCAGGGCUCCCAGGGCAGACCGCCGGCCCCUAUGUUAGAACACCACUGUAGAUAUACAUAUAUCUAUAUAUAGUCUUAGGUGAGGCUUAUAGAUAACUAUAUAGGAUUUUUGAAAAUAAAGAAUGCAUGUAGAUUGGUUAUUUAAGUAAUCUCUGCUGACCUUUAAUUUAUAUAAAUAUGCAAUUUCUGACAAAACUGUCAACAUUUUGCUUAUUAAAAGAAAGGAAACAGAACAUAUCAAAGAAACUACGCUAUGUAUAUGUAUCAGUGUUCCAGUUUUUUAAGCUAUGUGAAGAGGAUAACAAGUGUUUUUUGGUUCUGUAUAUAACUUCUUGGUUCAUAUGUAAAGCAAAACAUCCACCUAUGUCCCAAGGCCAACUGUUCGUCAAGCUCUUGCAAAUAAAUUACCUUUUAUGCUGCUGUGUUCAGCACUUUCAAUGGCUUUACUUUAUUUUUAUAGAUCUUGUAAUUCUUGCUAGGACUGAUGCAUCCAUUUAUGCAAUGCAGUUACUAUCAUGUUUAUCUUUUUCUGUCUCCAGGGGGGUACAACAUCAACGAUGUCAUGUUCUACUGGACAAGAGGAAAUGAUUCAGUUCGUGGACUUAACACAUUACGCCUGGCACAAUAUACGGUUGAAGAUCAUUACACAUCCGUAUCUGAAGCAGUAUAUGAGACAGGUUGGUUGGAAAAUUUGCUUUAACACAGAUUCUUCUUGUUUUCCUUGACAUGUGGUCCAAGAGAAUGAAUACCUUUCUGUUAAGACACCCCUAGUGUCUUUAAGGGAAACCGCCGUUUAGUUCACCUUCCCCUUUCGCAACUUCAGUAAUCCAUUCGCAUCAAUGUGUAAUACACGAACCAUAACCAGGGGAAGCGGUAAUCUCCUGACCGAGAUCCGUGAAAGGCUCCAAACUCCCGAACGGAAAUCCACGAACUGCUGCUAGCCGCCGAACAACGAUAUCCACCAAGCGGCUUUCGGUUCCAUCCAGCAGUCUCUAAGCGCAAAGAAGAAAUCCCCCCAAUAACGAGACAGAAGCUCCCCACUGAGGGUCAAACAGGAUCUGGCUUUACUGUGGGCUACCUGCCCGUAUUUAUGCAGGUCUCCCACUUGGUGGACACUCCCCUAGGGGACCAAAUGGGAGACUGGAAUUACAGAUGGACAUGAAGACAUUCCAGACAUAUAGUCACAGCCUUUACCCACAAUGCAAUAUGGUUUCCUCCCCUCUGCCCUGGAGAUAAUUGAGAAGUAAUUCAAUUAUCUCCAGGACAAAGACAAAUCGCCAUCCUAAAUACAAUACCAGAAAAUACAUAAAAAUACAUAACUUUAAAAUAACUGAACAUUUCCCAUUCGCAUCACAUAUCCCCAGAUAACCUGGAUCUGAGUGCAUAUUAUUAGCGAAUAGCGCUCAGAUCCCACACACAUAGUUCAAUCGCCAUGGAGUCAAAGUUCUUACAGUCUUUCGGUAUGCGAUUGACUCCAUGGGAAGGCUAUCUGGGGUAAGUCCUUUCGUGUGUUUCAAAACUCCCGAACGGCCGGUGUUCGUACGCUUUCGUGGAGGCAGCCAGGCGUUCCGUUGUUUCAGCGGUGUUCGGCAGAAAAAGUGUCAGUUUUUAGUUCCAUGAAAAUAGAGCCGAACACCGCUGGUCUUUCGUGUGUUUUAAAAUGGCCGCUGCCUCGUGGUCGACAUACGAACGACGACCACCCUGAAUUCGGUUUAAUUGAGAAGUGUCUGUGGUUAACCACAACUUUCUAAUUGGGAUCAAUAGGUUAACCAGCAGCACACUUCUCUCCUGGGUGGCCAUCCGUUCGGUAGUUUUGUUCGGGAAAAACAGUCAUUGGUAUGGCUGGGCUAUAGGAAACAGCCAUUUACACAAACGGGGCAGAAACAGACGAAUCCACCACAAUAAACAGACAGAUGGUUCUGUCACACUUUCUUUAGCACUUUAUUUCAUGUGCCUCUCUGAUUAAAAAAUUGAUUGUUUUUGUAUUGUUUUGUAUUAUUAUUUAUAUAGCGCCAAAGUGUGGCAGUGCUUUACAAUGAUAGAAAUUGGAUAUGUAGAGGGGAAGAAGGCCCUGUUUAAAUGAGCUUACAAUCUAUGAGAAUUUCAGAUAGGCAGAUAUAUAUUGUUUAGUGUGUUGACCAUGGACACUUCCUGGUAAGAUAUUUGAACCUGGCUUUUCUGUUUCUAGUAACCAUUUUAUCUACUCAAUUUCUUCUGAAAGGGGUAGUUUAUGCACCUGGAAGGUCUAGAAACAAUUUAAGGCCUUCCAUUGUCUUUGCGUGGUGUAGAUAAAAAUGUCAUGGCAUUAGUUCUCCAACUAGGGUAUAACCAUAACUUCAAAAAAUAUUGCAUUUACAGCCUAGGAGCCAUUAUCUUCAAUCUGGUAACACAUGUUUUUGCAAAGUUGACAAAUAUAUAUAUAUAUAUAUAUAUAUUUUUUUUUAAAACAGUGUAUUGUAUUCUUAGUGUUUUGUCCUCUGCAGUAGUCCAGAAGCAUUGUAUCGGCCUUAGUAGUCUUUUGAUAUUAUCACAUAUUCCUUCGAGAUAAGUAAGCACUGCCUACAUGUGCUAUCUUCAAGGAAUGCGCCAGCAAUCAUGACUUAGACCAGAACUGUCACUUCUCUGGAAAUUGCAUUAUAGAAUAAAAAACAGAAAAUCAUCUUGACCUUGUGUUAACUGUCUUUCAUGCUAUGCUCAGUUUUAGUAAGUGAGAACAUAAUCCAGUUGAAUCCUGUCUGGCACAGCCAGGGCAUGCAAUGCAAAUGAGGAGGAAAACAGAAACAUUGUUUCACUUUCUCUUUUUCCUCUAACUAUGUUCAAAUGCAGAAAAGGGCAACAUUUAUAACAAUGACUGACAGGGAGCCGAGGAGUAGGCGCCCAAUUCCACGAUAGAUGUGUACAUUUCUACUAAUUAAAAACACAUGUAUUAAUUAUAUGGAAUAAGUGACAGUUCCAAUUAAGGUUUAUUUUUAACCAGUUGUCCAGUAGUUGCACCCAUUCUGGGGAUUUGAACUUAAACCACUGAACUUAUAAAUGACAAUCUUCAGAAUACCGGUAAGGGUGCAAGGAGGCAACACUAUAUUCCUCAAUGUGUUCAUAUUUAGCAAGUUGAUAGGAAACGUUACAUUGCUGCACACUGCUCCUACAGUAAAUCGAAUGUAAUAGUUAGAAGUCUUGAUGAGGUGUGUACUUAGUCCUGUGCCGGUUAUAUUAUAAUUAAGGGGACACCUAGGAAGUCUUCAUGUAAUACAUUUGGGUACAUUAGAAAAUAAUGUUCUUGAAUAAUAGAAAUCAUAAAUUGAAUGGGAUCAGACAAAUACAACAAGGUGUUCAUUGUGCCAAUGACUAGUGUUGUUAAAAUACUGUGUAUUGUGCCCACAGUUCACAUGGUUCUAGGAAGAAUCACAAUACUGUACAUUGUAUUCACAGAUAAUGUGGUUCUAUAAGCAAUCAGGAUACUCUACAAUGUUAUUAAAGCUAAUGUUGUUCUAGAAUGAAUCAGGGUAUUGGACAUUGUAUCCACAAAUAAUGUGGUUCUAGAAAGAAUGGGGAUACUGUACAAUGUUAUAAUAGCUAACAUGAUUCUACAGGGAAUUGUGAAAUUGGACAUUGUAUCCACACAAAAUGUGGUUCUAGGAGAAAUCAGGAUACUGUACAAUGUUAUAGUGUAAUAGGUAACGUGUUUCUAUAAGGAAUUAGGAUAUUGAACAUUGUAUCCAGAGAUAAGAUCAUUAUAGAUGGAAUCAGGAUAUUGUACAGUGAUACAAUGGUUCUAGGAGGAAUCACAAUAUUGUACAUUGUAUCCACACAAAAUGCGAUUCCAGAAACAGUCAGAAUACAUUGUACAUUAUAUCUGUCGUUAAUGGGGUGCUCUGCUGUCUGUCUGACUUUUCAACAAAAAAGAAUGCAAAUGAGAUGUAACUGGACGCUUACAUGAUUUUCUUCAUGGGAAAGUUCAUUGUGACUUAUAUAACCUGCAUCUGGUUCUCCUACAUUGCCUACAGCAGCCUAGAUGGCGGCAUCAGACUCAAUCAGAUGAAAUAUUUUUUAACUGUUCUUUGUUACAUGACAGUGAACCAUGUUUUUGUGUAUAUAAAAAAAGAUGUAUGUGCUUUAUUAUGCCAAGAGAAAAAAAAAUGUUAUACAUUAAAGAUGAUAUUAUUUUUCCUGAAACAUAGAGAGAGGGCACAUAAGGUUUUUAUGAUGAUAAUAAAAUCAGGGGUUUGAGGACAGACUGACUAAGAUUAAUAAAGACGGUAAAUAACACAUAAUUUGUAAUUGAUUGUUGCUCUAACUCUUUGUUUAUUUAGUUUUUUGCACCCUUAAUAAAUACGACUCUUUUCUUAGUUGUGUUGUAGAGCUGAAUGUUGAAGCUUGAAAAUGUCCAUUAAUUUCUUUACUUGGUAUGUUUAACUAAUGAUUUUGGUAUCUUGUAAUACCUUCUAGGUAUAUUUUGCAGUUGACAAGUCAUCAUCGAUCUUAACCCUAAAAGGAAUACAAAUCUGUAUUACUAAUGCUACAGUGUUCUUGUCCCUACUCUUAUUCACGUCUCCCCCCACGUGCAUUAAAAUUUAAAAACAUUUAAGAUUUCUUUACCUUUUUCCAGUCUAAGAGCUCCUUUGCCACUGCUUACUGCUAUGUCUACCCCAAUGUCACGGAGGAGGCAUGACCUCCUCCUCCAAUGUCCAAUCCAAUGUUCAUAGAUGAGCAUUGAGGACCUAAUGGGCAUGCAUGGUGAGUGCAGCGCGCACAUUCAAACUUACCUAUAGGAAAUGCUUUCCUAUCGGGCUUCCACGCCAUGUUACCAAGUUCUACUCAAUCAGUACUGCGGUAGCACCUCUCGUGGCUGUUAUACUUUCUAAAAAACUGCAUGUUUUAAAUUAAAGAGUUCAAAUGACAAGGACAGUGAGAUGAUCUCGGUGACUAUAAUGUCCAUUUAAAAAUUCCCCGUUUAAUUUCCAUUUUAAUUCCAAUACAUCCCUUCUUGAUUUCUUUGCUAGUGACUUUCUGUUGUCCUCUGUUCAUGUUUACAUUGUAAGUUUUCCUUACAUGAUUUCUAAACCAUUGCUCCCAUAUGCCCUACCUCAUCCUAUCUUACUUUCCUAUAGCUGCCUAUUUUUUAAGAAGUCCCAUAAAGUUUACCAUCUUUUUGGGUAACUUCUCAUGUCACAACAGUCCUCCAUCCCUCCACACAUAACCUGUUCCUCUCCAGUACACUUUACUCUUAUCCUCCACUCUAUUCUACCUCCACACACAUUUUACAAAGCUCAAGUAAAAUGUCAUCCGUACCACUCCUCUUCUUCUUUUGUUCCUACAUUGCAUGCUCGUUUGAACCUCUUGUAUCCACAAACUUUAUUUUGACUGUCAAUUAUUUGCUGCAAUGUUAUAAAGUGCUGUGGAAUAUAUUUGCAUGAUGUAGAUAAUAUUUGAAUAAUAUAUUUUACUGUUCUGAAUUUAGAUUACAAAAUGUACGAAUAUAAAGCCAAUAUAUUGUUAUUGAAUCACAAUCUACAAAUCUGCCACCUUAUUUACUGGUCGGAGCUUUGAAUGAUACAUUUUACUUUCUUAUCCUUGAUAUUUUUCAGGACGCUAUCCAAAGUUAAUCUUUCACUUUGACCUCAAAAGAAACAUUUUGUAUUUCAUACUUGAAACAUAUGUACCCUCAAUUCUGCUGGUUGUGCUUUCAUGGGUCUCCUUCUGGAUCAGUCAGUCUUCUGUACCUGCUAGAAUAUGUAUUGGUAAGUGUGGUACCUGUUAAUAAAUACAAGAAAAGGUGAGAUAAGAGUUGUGGGGAAUUCCGACACAGUACAUAACGCCUGAUCAUUCCUACCUAUGUUCAUUCAUUUAGCUGGAACAUCUCACCAGGAACUUUGAGACUAUUCCUAGGAACUUAACAUAUUAAAACCUAAAUAGCCCCAUUGAAAUAAAUCUUAUGUUCCACAAAUCUAGAGCUUUGUUUUACAACCCCGCUAUAUUUUCACUUAGAUUGUUGUUUCCCCACAACCUAUCAAUCAACAUUUACUGAAGCUAACCAUAUCAAACCACUUAUUUUUCACUGGUAAAUUUAAGGCGCUUAGUGGUUUUUAAUUCCAACUGAUUUAUAGGAUCCAAUGGAUUGUUAGAUAUAAUUCAGUCUCAAAUUUAUCCAAUGCACUUUUGAUGUACAGAUCUUGCAAUGUUAAAUGUGAAACAGAUCUCUAUUGCUCGUGAAUAUCAUUCUGUGUUCUAAGCUGUACACAUUGCAAGUUCUUAGCAGUGAUCAAUGAACAUGUUCAUCUUUGUCUAUAUAAUUCCUUGCAAUGAAACAGACUACCUUUGCAAGAGAUCAUUAAGAAUGGAUAAAAUCUUACCUGUUCAGUGUUUUGGCAAUAUUCAAAAAUGAAGUGCUAUUAUGAUAUUAUGUGAAAACAGAACCACUAAAAACAAAACCACGUUUUCAAUUAUCUAAAUAAUUAGUUAAAUAACGUAGUAACUACACAUGUGUGUGCAUAAAAACAGUAGUUGCCUAUAACUGGAAUAUUCACUGGCCUGAGAAAGUAAUAAUACAACAUAAGUAUUUUCUAAAAAUGGAUUGAUUCAUUUUUUUCUUAGGUGUUACAACUGUGCUCACCAUGACAACUCUAAUGAUGGGCGCGCGGACAUCUCUUCCAAAUGCCAACUGCUUUAUAAAGGCAAUUGAUGUUUACCUAGGAAUCUGCUUCAGUUUUAUAUUUGGGGCACUUUUGGAAUACGCCAUUGCACAUUUUUGUACUCUUCGUCUAUCAAAUCAAAAGAACUCAACACAGGUAGAAAACAAAAUAUCAAGUUACAUUAAUUAUCUGCUAAUUAUUGGCCAAAGUCCACCUGUGUUCUGUCUGCUCUGUUUUUUACAUCAUAUUCGCAAAGACACUCACAUACUAGCAUGAUUAUAUUUUCCCUUGAUAGAACUAGUGUAUUUACUGCAAUGGUAUAUGUAUGAAAAUGUAGAUAUUGUCAGAUUUUAUUCAAAAGAUUGCUUACUGUGAUAUUGUGUCCAUAGUGCUACUUUAUCAAAGAUAACAUUUACUUUAUGGAAGAUAACUGUCAUAACAUAAAUUGAAAACUAUAGAAUGUUUUCAUGGAAUUAGCAUUUGAAGAACUGGCUUUCUGCUUCUCUCCUUUACUGACACAAUACGGGGGUAUAUAUCUGUAUGCUCACAUCACAGAGAAAAAAAAAGAGGCAUAAGCAAAAUAGCUAACGAUUUACAUAUUUUUAACAAUGUAACUAGUAUAGUUAUAGCCAGCAGAUGUAUCUCCAGAUGUUGUUAAGCCUCUGUUUCUACUAUUCUUGGCACAUGAUGGAGAAAUUAAAAUUAUAAUUAUGAAUGCAGUGCCAAGAUAUUCUGCAGCUUUGUGCAACAGGUAAACAAGAUAAACGAUUAACGAAACAUGUUUGACAUAUGAAAAGAGUAAAUGAAGAGGGCCUUGCCCAAAGGAGCUUGCAAUUUAAAAUCUACAAUCUGAGCACAGGUUCACCAAAGAGCAAGAAAGUUGUGAUUCAUUAAAAGAUGCAGAUCUACCUACUGGUUACUCCUGGGCUACGUCCCUACGUGGGAAUAUGGAUUCAUAAAGUAUAGUCUAAAAAGAAGUAUCAUAUUUUCUUGGUAGAUGCAUUGUUCAAUGACAAUAACUUUGAUUUUUAUAGGAAGAAAAAUUAAGUACCAUUAAUUUGAUGUUGUCAGAUAAUUUCCAGCAUUGACCCAAACCUGGCAUUAUGCUAAUGAUCCCAAGGGGGUGAAUCUACACAGUAUGUGGUUGAGUAUUGGGUCACUCAGACACUACCCCAUGCUUUGCUGUUAAAAGAUGUGUUGUAAGACAAUAGGUUAUUUCAAAGCAUUGUGGGUUUGAAAUCUUAAAACCUAAGUACUGGGUAUGCUUACUUGUAUAUUGUGCGUGGCUUUUUGGGCUACCUUGUCUAGGCUAAAUAUCCUCAACCCAGUCCUCGUGGCAUGUCAGCGGUCCAGACUUUAUCAGGAUCCUCAUUGGAACAGAUUUGGCAAAUGCCCAAAUCUUGGACUGUUAGUGCAAAAACUUAUCCAAGGGACAUUUUUUCUAAUGAUUUGAAGAGUUAAUAUUGGAAUAUAAUUGAAUGAUUUAAUAUAACAAUAUUUUUGCUAUUACAAUUUUUACCAAUCCGCUUUAACCGUGAUUUCUCAUUGAAUCGAUUAAUGGAAAAAAAUGUCUUGACUCGAGAAGAAUGCUUUCUAAUUUCCUCUAUCUUUUAACACAAGGAUAUGGAUGAUGGUGAUAUUGAUAUGAAUGGAUCAAUUGCUGCAGUCUCCAGUGAAGCAAACAACCAAACACAAGUUACUAACAGAGAAAAGAAAACCAAUGGAUGGAACAAUAGUGCAUUUCUUAAAGCCAAGAAGAGACUCCGAUGCAUUUUUUACUGCUUACAAGUUGAAAACCCUCAUCAUAUAGAUAAUUAUUCAAGACUAUCUUUUCCUUUAUCAUUUAUGGUUGUAAAUGUCCUGUACUGGGUGUAUUACCUGUAUUUCUAAACUUCCAACCUCACCUAAUCGUACAGCUCUUGUACAUAUUGGGACUAUGUGCAAACAUAUGACAAUACUGUAGAGUUAAACAGUCUUCAUAAUCUUAAUUUUUUUUUUCUAUUGUAGUUGCGUUCUUAGUAGAUUAAAAACUGUAUUUAUUUGCUCUGAACAUAUUUUUAAAACAUUAGGUAAAAUUUACAUUUUAUUAAUAAAUUAUUUCAUUCAGGAAACAACAAAAUAGAUGUUUAUAUUUUCUACUAUUUAUGUUUUUUGUAUUUUUCAUAUUUUUUUUUGCACUGCAUAAAAAAUCUUCUUAAUGUGAGCUAAAUUAUUAUCUAAAGCUAAAAGAAACAGAAAAAACUGCCUGUUAUGUGAAAUAGCAGGAGAAUUAAGACGUAUUACAAUUUACGUUAUAAAGACUUUUGUACGUGUUUCAUAAAAUGAUCAGAUACUUUAUUAUAUGUAAACAAUAAAUAAAGACAUAUAAUGUAUCACAUCAAAUAGAUCACCCAUUGGCCCACAGACUUUUUUUUUUUAGUAAAUUUGCACACAGAAUUCAUCUUGGGAGGAACUGCUGUGCUUUUAUUUGUUUUGCUAAGAAUGUAAGAAAUAUACUGGACCUGUGCAAUUAAAAUUAUUAAGUUUCACUAACUUUGGUUGUGUUCAGUGGAGUAUGGAGCUAAGAGCACAGAUUUGAGGUGUAUCAAAGACCACCACAACUCGCAAUGGCUGAAAUCCUUAGCUGCACAGUAUCUAUAAAGUUCUACAAGGUGGUUGGUUUCCAUUUAUGUCACUUUAGGUCAACUAGUGUUAAGGUGGAAAUUCUAGGAAAUUUGCAGUUAAAAUAGCAUGUUCAUUGUCCUCUAUAUAUUAGCACUACAGCUGCUUAACACUCAGAUGCAUAAGAAUAUUUUGUUGAGGGACACAUGGCUCUGUGGAAGCUCUGGAGAAAUCAUUGGAUGUUCUCUUGAUAAUGUUGGUGCUAUGAAUGCCAUAGUGUUAGGUGGCAGAAGCUUCACCCACAUGUGGCAAAUGUUUCAAAAGUAGUCCCUACUUUGCCUCAUGCAUGACUUUUGAUUGUGUUGGAAUUUCAGGGAAAAAUAAUGUUGUCUUUUAGAGAUUUUAAUAAAGAAUCAGUAUUUAAGAAAAAUCAACAAAUGCCAGUGUUACACAAGUCAAUUAAACAGAAACACGACUGGUCCCAUCACUCACAUUCAAGAUUUAAAGUUUGUACAGUUCAUCAGUUGACUAUUUUAUAGGAUUCCUAUUGGAAUUAAUAUUAUCGGAAAAUAAGAAACAUAUGAUGAACAUCAUCCAAGUUUUGGGCUACAGAUAAUUUCCAUUAAUUGGUAUCAUGGAAAUCUCAUCAGUCUAAAUUUUUUCAAAACAGUGCCAGUUUCAGGGUCCUGACCCGCCUUCCUGAUUUUGUUCACUGGUGUCCCAUAUCCAUGGACACCAGGGAACUGUUCUUGGCAUCAUUAGAUGUGCUCACACUUUAAACAGGCAUGGGACCCUGCCAAGAGUUUUUCAGAGUCAGCAUAUGAAGAGAGCAAAAGACUAGCAGAGUUAUUCCCGGAACCGGGAAAUAUUUGGCAACUGACAAAAGCAAAUUUUAGGGCAGGCAUAGGCAACCAUCGGCACUCCAGAUGUGUUGGACUACACCUCCCCUGAUGCUUUGCCAGCAUUAUGGGUGUAAGUGCAUUAUGGGAGAUGUAGUCCAAAAUAUCUGGAGUGUCGAAGGUUGCCUAUCCCUGUUUUAGGGCAUAACGGCUGAAAUGGAAAAAUAACUGCAUUAGAGUAAUUUUCUAAUGUGGCUGCUUUAGCCUUAAAAUUUGGAAUUCCCUUUUCAGUUCCUCAUACCUUCUGGUUUACUGAAACUGUUGGUGAAUGUGUCCAACUGUUUCAUAAGUUGACUAAUUACUGACGUUACAAUCACUAUUUUGGUUUACUUGCGGUACUGCAGAUUAAAUAAUUGUAGAUCUGUAUACAGAAGUGUGACUUUAUUUAUUUGUUUUUUUUUACUUUUUUUAACUUAACACACAUGCACGCGUUAAGACUUGUACUGUCCCUUAUUUCUCAUUUGGUAUAAUUUCCCUUUAAAAGAGCUAACUCAGUUGUAAUUUAUUGGGAAUAGAUUAAAUAAAUGUUACUAAUGGUACUCUUAUCUUUGAAUGCACAAUUUACCUGCAUCAAUGUUUCCAUUUAAUUUUGGGAUUAUUGUGGUUAUGAAAUAUUGUAAAUUAAGCAAUAAAAUAAACUAUUGUACAUAUAGCAAUAAUUCCCUUAUAUAACACCAUGUAUGUUGUUUAUGAAAGUUAAAUAUGAUGUUAAAUCCUCAUUGCUUGCAAUAAACAAAAUUGAUAACCUG